AUGAAGAUCUCACCCUCGUUCGUUCUUGCACUUGCUGCCGCUUCUUCAGCGGCUGGCUCGCCUGUAUUCAGGCGCCAGGCAAGCAGCGAUAUGGGUGACCUGCCCACGCCCGUGUCCUCGGCCGGCUCCAGCGCGACUGGCCGUGUCUCCUCGGCUGUCCGUUCUGCCACUUCUACUGGUGGCACGGCCCUCUCCGGUGCCUCUUCGACGGUGGCUCCCUCUUCGACGUCGUCCGCUUCGCCCGCCGCGUCCACGGGAAGCUCGGGCUCGUCUACGUUCAACGAUACGCAGAUCCUGCAGUACGCACUGACGCUCGAGCACCUCGAGGCGACGUUUUACAACCAGUCGCUGUCUAAGCUCUCGAGUGCCGACUUUGAGGCGGCGGGAUACAACGCCUCGGUUCGCAACCAGAUCUACUCGAUCGGCCGCGACGAGGCUGCCCACGUGGAUCUGCUCACCACCGCCCUGGGUGAGAACGCUGUGCCCGCGUGCACGUACGACUUUUCGAGCGUCACCGAUGUUGCAUCGUUCCUCACCACCGCCCGCGUGCUCGAGGGCGUUGGUGUCUCGGCGUACCUCGGUGCGGCCAAGAACAUCUCGAACAGCACCUACCUCGAGACCGCCGGUAGCAUUCUCACGGUCGAGGGCCGCCAUGCAUCGUACCUGAUUGCCCAGACCAACGAUGGCGGCAACGCUAUCCCGGGGCCGUUUGAUACGCCGCUUGACUUCAAGGAGGUCUACUCGCUCGCUGCACCCUUCAUCCAGGAAUGCCCCCAGAACGCUACACUGCCCAUCACGUCGUUCCCUGCCCUCAACCUCACUGGUGGCGCCGCCAAUGGAUCCUUCACGCCUGGCCAGCAGGUGACGGUGGCGUACGAGGCCAACUCGACUUCGGGCAACUCGAGCUACCUUGCGCUCAUCCAGGGCGUGGCACAGCCGCAGUUCCUCCAGCUCGAGGGCAACUCGUCGCAGGUGACGCUGCCGAGCAACCUCACGGGUGGACAGAUGUACGCCGUGGUUACCAGCGACAACUCGGGCGUUACCGAUGACAACACCAUCGCUGGUCCUGCGGUGGGCUACGUCAACAUCCCCCUGCCCCAGGCUCCUGAGGCCACCAACUCAUCGUCGUCGUCGUCGUCGGCUUCGGGCGGAUCGACUGCUACGGGCAGUGCAGGUGCAGCUCCCACCGGAUCUGCAUCGAGUGCUGCUUCGGCCAGCGCUACUGCGAGUGGCUCGGACUCGAUCGUCUCGACCGAGUCCGCUAGUGCGACCGCUACCGGCUCCCAGUCGCUUCUGCCCUCGCUGGCUAGCCUGGGCUCGGCCAACAUCCCCACCCCCACCUCGUCGGCCUAA